CCGCGGCCGCGCAGAGCGGGCGAGCGCAACCAAAGAUUAUCUGAGCGCAACCGGAGCGGAAUACAGCGGAGUAACCCGGGAACAGCGGGUGGAGCAAACCCGGGAACAGCGGGUGGAGCAAACCCGGGAACAGCGGGUGGAGCAAACCCGGGACAGCGGGUGGUGCAAACCCGGGAACAGCGGGUGGAGCAAACCCGGGACAGCGGGUGGAGUGGACGGUGCAAACCCGGGACAGCGGGCGGUGCAAACCCGGGACAGCGGGUCGAAAGUGUACAACCGGGUUCAGUGGAGAACGGUGCAGCGCAACCCGAGAGAGCUGGCAGCUCCAGCGGCCGGGUGGAGGGACCGUACCGGGGCGAGGACUCCUCUCCUCUCCUCUCCUCUCCUCUCCUGCCCGGCCCGGGGCCAGGAUGGGACGGGCUCCGGGAGUCGUGGCAGCGCCGGUGACCGGGUUAUAGUUGCCCGUCACGGUCGGUGCGAUACCCGGUGACCCCCUCUCCCUGGGUCCCAGCCCCGGCCCCGGCCACUGUCCCCGGGGAAGCCGCCAGCCAUGUCCAGGGCGAGCGGCCACCGCCACUUGCUGCUGCCUCUGCAGGUCAUCUCCCUGCUCCUGCUGCCGCUCCUGCUGCUGCCCAGCGCCGCCGGUCUGAACAUGUGCAGCCGGGGACGGGCCACCUCAUGCAGGGAAUGUCUGCUGAUCCACCCUGACUGUGGCUGGUGUGCUCAAGAGGAAUUUGGACACACAGGAAGCAUCUCCUCAAGGUGUGACUUUAGAGAAAGCUUGAUUAAGAGAGGAUGCAAAGACCAAUUUAUAGAGAGUCCUCACAGCAUGAUCCAAAUACAGAGGAACCUCCCAUUGAGCAGCGAGGGAUCAGACUCGUAUCAAUCUGAUGUCAUUCAACUCAUGCCUCAGAAGAUUGCCCUCGAACUAAGGCCUGAUGACCAAGCCACAUUCCGCAUCCAGGUUCGGCAGGUGGAUGACUACCCCGUGGAUCUGUACUAUCUGAUGGACCUUUCCCUCUCCAUGAAAGACGACUUGGACAACAUCCGAGUGCUGGGGACUACAUUGUCGCGGGAGAUGGCAAAACUCACCAGCAACUUCCGCUUGGGUUUUGGGACGUUUGUGGACAAGCCAACAUCUCCAUUUUCAUACACGGGCCCCAAGUAUCAGGAAAACCCUUGCGUUGGGUACAAGCUGUUUCCACAAUGCGUGCCAUCCUUCGGCUUCAGGCACCUGCUCUCCUUGACGGAAAAGUCAGACAAGUUCAACGCCGAGGUUCAGAAGCAAAUGGUGUCGCGUAACCGAGACGCCCCAGAGGGUGGCUUUGAUGCGAUACUGCAGGCGGUCGUCUGUAAGGAGAAGAUCGGCUGGCGGAAGGAGGCUUCCCACCUGCUGGUGUUCACCACAGACGAUGUGCCGCACAUUGCAUUGGACGGCAAGCUCGGCGGUCUGGUUCAGCCCAAUGAUGGGCAGUGUCACCUGGAUGAACUCAACGAGUACGGGUAUUCCACACAGAUGGAUUAUCCAUCACUGGCACUUCUGGGAGAGAAGCUGACUGAGAACAAUAUUAAUUUGAUAUUUGCCGUGACUCAGUCCCACUACAUCCUCUACAAGAAUCUGACUAGCUUGAUUCCUGGAACAACCGUGGAAAUUCUUGACAAGGAUUCGAAGAAUAUCAUCCAGCUGAUUGUCAAUGCCUACAGUAGUAUCCGGUCGAAGGUGGAGCUGACCGUGAGGGAGAAGCCCGAUGACCUCGCCCUCUCCCUGACCGCCAUAUGCCAGGAUGGAGUUCCACGUCCUGGAGUCAGGAAGUGUGGGGGCCUCAAGAUUGGCGACACGGUAUCGUUUGACGUCAGUGUGGAAGCCAGGAGUUGCCCAGUCGGCACGUUGAGGGACAGCUUUACAAUUAAACCGGUUGGUUUCAAGGAUUCGCUGAGUGUGACAGUGGGCUACGUCUGCAACUGCGAAUGUACCCGCGCGAUGCAAGCCAAUAGCUCCAGGUGCAGCGGCAACGGAACCCACGAGUGCGGGGUCUGCAAGUGUGACCCGGGCUACCUGGGCGCCAGGUGCGAGUGCCAAGAUAGGGAAGCCAGCGAUGUGUUUCAGAUGUCGUGCCGCGAGACAAAGGAGAAGCCAAUCUGCAGCGGCAGGGGGGAAUGCAGCUGCAGCCAGUGCAUCUGCCAAGAGAGCGAGUUUGGGCGCAUCUACGGGACCUUCUGUGAAUGUGACGACUUCACCUGUGCAAGGCACAAAGGCAUUCUCUGUUCAGGUCACGGAGAAUGCCUCUGUGGUGAAUGCAAGUGUCACGAGGGCUGGGUUGGAGACAACUGCAACUGCUCGACCGAGAUGGACACCUGCUUGUCGGACGACGGGCAGAUUUGCAGCGGAAGGGGCAACUGUGCCUGCGGCCGGUGUUCCUGCACCGAACCUGGGGCUUUCGGGGACACCUGCGAGCGGUGCCCCACCUGCCCUGAUGCCUGUGGCACUAAAAGGGAGUGUAUCGAGUGUCGACUGUUUAAGUCGGGGAGACUGGCGGACAAUCAGACCUGUCAACGACUCUGCAAGGAUGAGAUCCUGACAGUCGAUGCCCUCAACACCGUUGACCAGGACGCAGUUCUGUGCCUGUACAAGACCGAGAACGACUGUGUCAUGAGGUUCACCUACUCGGAGCACGACAGCGGAAAAUCUGUCCUCACCGCGUUGAAGGAGCCAGAAUGUGCGCGUGGGACGGACCCGGUGACAGUCCUGCUGGCGGUGGUUGGCAGCAUCUUGGCCGUGGGCAUUGCUCUGCUGGCCAUUUGGAAACUCAUCGUGACCGUUCACGACAGGCGAGAAUUUGCCCGGUUUCAAAACGAGCGAUCCAGAGCACGAUACGAGAUGGCCACCAACCCUCUGUACAGGCACCCCAUCACAGUGCACUCAGUAGAACUGCUCCCGACAAUGCACAACAAGGCUUACAACGGAAUCGUUGACUGAACGGUACGCGGGCCCGCGCCGUGAGUUGCGACCCGACUCUGGCAACGUU